AUGGACUUCAUAGGAUUUUCAAAACGCAACUAUCCGACUGACAAACCAUUUAUCUACACUAUCCUUCCGUCACCCACGUCUAUUCGACUUCUUGAGAUAACAUCAAAGCUAUGGUGUCGUACCAAAUACACUUUCCAUAUAGUGGAACUUACCGAGGCUCCGGUAUUUGAUGUCGUAACCCAUUCGCGGCGGGAUCUCGUUCCACGAAAUCAUAUUAUACUUUGUGAUAACAAGACAUUGAGAAUCUGUGGGGAUGCAAAGAAUUCCAUUGAAAUCGGAAGGGAUGUUGCCUCAAAAAUUUCCGGGAAGAUGAAGACACGAUAUAUUUGGAUCGAUUCGGUGUGCAUUAACUCAGGGGAUCCCAUGGACAGAACUGCCCAAAUUUCGAUGAUGCCGGAAAUUCUCAAAAAGGCUCGGAACGUCAUUGUUGGACUUGGGAAGAAGGAUGCUUUUACUUCUGAUGCUUUGAAAGCCCUAAAAACACUAUCUUUGGUGCCGCAUGAUGAGUGGUCAAAUUUAGUGAGCUUGAAUUGGGAUUGUCAGGAACAGUACUUCCGAAGGCUCAAAAUUGCACCAUUCCAAUUGCGAUCAUGGCUCAGUCUCAUAGCUUUCUUUAAUAGGCCUUGGUUCUCAGGUAUCUGGGCUUUGCAAGAGGUUACAAUAGGAAAUGAUGUGAUCCUUGCUUGUAACAAGGAAAUCAUUCCUUGGAAAACAAUCUCGAAGGCAUUGUCGUUCUUAACCCAUACUGAAUGGUAUAAGGAACUUCACACCAAUCGUUUAAUCAAGUUUCCCAGAAAUUCUCUGAAGGAUAGGCGUUUCAAAAGGCAUCAAAUACUAUUGAAUUCAGAGAUAGGCUUCAAGAUGGCAGUUUUACAACUUGAAUCCACUCGAGCAGGGAGUGAAUCUACCCAGCUUCUUCCUCUAUUUCGAUAUCUUCUUCGCGCGCAUCGAUAUUGUGAGGCUUCCGACAAACGAGAUAUCAUUUACGCGCUACUCGGUUUAUCAAGGAAGGAAAGUCUACCAUUCACGAAGUUUCCAGAUGUCCUUUUAGUUGAUUAUGAGAUGACGGCACAAGAUAUUUACACUAAUGUGGCUAGAGUCUUGCUCCGAUGCUAUGGCUUAGGAAUUUUAUCGGAUGUUCAAGAUUCGAUAGCGUCUAUUCCUAAUCUACCGACAUGGGUUCCAGAUUAUAGUGUCCCGCGAAUGCCUUUGCCUCUGUCAAUGCGCGGCGACUGUACUUGGAGUGCCUGUGGUAAUCUUGAGUGGAAGCAAGAAUUCUUAGAGACUGACCCUUAUUCCUUGGUAUUGCAAGGUAUACUGCUUGACACAGUCUGUGAAAAGGUCAAACAACAGAACAAGUCCUUGCAUCCGAUAGAAUUCUUGGAUGGGGUAUAUGAGGUUGCAGCUCAUCUUGACCCCAUAUAUCCACUUUCAAUGGGUGGCAAAUUUCAAUCUUCACGUGAAGUUGUAUGGCGCACUAUUCUAGCGGAUACAUAUCGAAAGGAGCAUCCGGCACCGCAACAUUGUGAGGAACUCGUAGCACACUAUCAGGAAUGGGUCCGCAACGGAGUACGCAAUGGAUCUCCGGCAACAUAUUCCAUGCAACGACUCAGUGUCACCGAGAAGCAACCGCGUAAGUACGGCAAAGAGGACUUCUCAUGUCUUGAGAGGGAGAUAGAGGCUGCAAAUGAUUCCCGGACUCUAUUUCGAACUCGCAAAGGUUAUCUUGGUAUCGGAGCACAAUCUUUACGUCCGUCUGACGAAGUUUGGGUUUUAGCGGGUGCUUCAGUACCUUUUAUUCUUCGACGAGGCGAAGAUGAAUUCUAUGAACUAGUUGGAGAGAUAUAUCUACAUGGAGUUAUGCAUGGAGAAGCUUUGGAAUGGGGACAUGAAAUCAGGAAUGUAUUGUUGAAAUAA